UGCUUCUCCUUGUCUCUUCCCGGUUGUCGGGGACUGCUUCACCUCGGUUCUCGGUGACUAUGGGGGACCCCAGCAAGCAGGACAUCUUGGCCAUCUUCAAGCGCCUGCGCUCGGUGCCCACUAACAAGGUGUGUUUUGACUGUGGUGCCAAAAAUCCCAGCUGGGCAAGCAUAAGCUAUGGGGUGUUUCUCUGCAUCGACUGCUCGGGGUCACACCGGUCGCUCGGGGUUCACUUGAGUUUUAUUCGGUCCACAGAGCUGGAUUCAAACUGGUCAUGGUUUCAGCUUCGAUGCAUGCAAGUUGGAGGGAACGCGAAUGCUUCUUCCUUCUUCCACCAACACGGGUGUGCCACCAAGGACACCAACGCCAAGUACAACAGCCGUGCGGCUCAGCUCUACAGGGAGAAAAUCAAGACUCUGGCCACCCAGGCCGCCCGCAGGCACGGUACCGAUCUGUGGCUGGACAGCUGUGCGGCUCCAUCUGUGUCCCCUCCUCCAAAGGAGGAAGAUUUUUUUGCCUCUCACGCCUCUCUGGAGGUCAGUGGUACUACGCAGGCAUCUGCAAACCCAGAGCCAGCCUUUUUAACACCGUGGGGCUUGGAAACCACUCCAGAACAACAAGCAGGUGGGCCAGGACAAGGGCCAAGCGUGGAAGGUCUGAACACCCCUGGGAAGGCUGCACCAGCAGAGGUUUCGUCCAUUAUAAAAAAGAAGCCAAAUCAAGCAAAAAAAGGACUUGGAGCCAAAAAAGGAAGCUUGGGAGCCCAGAAACUGACGAACACAUCCUUCACUGAGAUUGAAAAGCAAGCUCAGGCUGUGGAUAAGAGGAAAGAACAGGAAGACCUGGCCAGGGGUGCCCCUAAGGAGGAGUCCAUCAGCGUUUCGUCCUUGCGAUUGGCCUACAAGGACCUGGAAAUUCACAGGAAGAAGGAUGAUGAAAGAUUGAACCUGAGCGGCCAGAAGAAGGUGGAAGCCGAGCGGCUGGGCAUGGGCUUUGGAAGCUGCAGGAGUGGCAUCUCCCAUUCCGUGACUUCAGACAUGCAGACCAUUGAGCAGGAGUCACCUACACUGGCAAAGCCAAGGAGGAAGUACCAGGAGGACCCAGAGGACUCGUACUUCAGCUCUAGCUCCAAGUGGUCUGAACAGAGCAGCAGCAGGUACUUUGACGACCCCAUGGAGUUAAGAAGCAGCUCCUUUUCGAGCUGGGAUGAUGGUGCCGAUUCCUACUGGAAGAAAGACAGCAGCAGAGACCCUGAGCCUGGAAUGAAAAGCACAGGCUCUUCAGACAGGCCCAGUGCUCGCCGGAAGCCAGAAUAUGAACCCGUUGGCAAUACAGAUGAAGCCCAGAAGAAGUUCGGCAACGUAAAGGCCAUUUCCUCGGACAUGUACUUUGGAAUACAAGCCCAGACAGAUUUUGAAACCCGGGCGCGGCUGGAGAGGCUCUCCACCAGCUCCUCCAUAAGCUCUGCAGACCUUUUUGAUGAGCAGAGGAAGCAGACCGCAGGAAACUACAACUUCUCGAACGUGCUGCCCAAUGCCCCGGAUAUGGCGCAGUUCAAGCAAGGUGUGCGCUCUGUUGCUGGAAAACUCUCCGUCUUUGCCAAUGGGGUCAUGACAUCCAUUCAGGAUCGCUACGGCUCUUAAUCCUGGUGCCAGGCUGUGUCCAACCCGGUAAAACUCCACUUCAGAUGGACCUGAGACCACAUCUGGCUGUGCAGAAUCCCCAGCUGCUUUGCAGGCAGGCUCCACUAGUUGGCAAGGCACCUGCACACUUCUGAGUUGUCCCUUUUCCUCUGAGACCUCCCCAUUUCUAUGUAGUGGGGCUUUGCUUUCGUUUCUGGUUUAGGUUAGCUCCUUGUGUCUCUCAAGCAUAUCCUUGCUUUAUCUUUGGGGCAUCUUUAGUUCCAAGAACUGGAAGCCUGAGCCGAUGGCUCCUCCCACCUCUCUCCAGACCGGGAGCCUUCACCUGAGGCACCUGAGAGUCUCCGUGGACUGUGGGCUCAGGAGGCCUGGGGAACUAAAUCCACGGCACACACUUCUCACGGCAAAGAAGCAAAACAACAAAAACAAGACCAGAAGUGCCCAGCCCCUGCUGACAGAUUGCUUCCUGUGUGUCCCCACACAACAAGGAGAUUUCAAACAACACACACUUAAAGCCAUCUGUCACUCUGUAAAUUAUUUUGUACAUUCUCUACUUUUACAAGUGUUCCCCAGUCAGUUCCUUUAACAAACCUGAGCUUCCAUGAUGCCAAGGGAGUUCACUGCGGCCUGGGAAUACAUUGGGUGUCACCGUGGGAGAGGAUGAGUGUGGCCAGCCCAGGGCUCCCAAGUGCACUUAGCAGUCCCAGUCCCAGGAGCACAGGCUGAGAAGGACUGCAGUGCAGCUUCAGGACAAGGCUCAGAUCCAGGGAGGGGGCGAUUAUAAUCGGGUAGUUUUGUUAAUAUUUUUUAUCUUGACCUUGAUGUUCCAAAAGUUACAGAUAGAUGUAAGCCACUAAAGUCAUUUGGCUGUGUUUUAGACAGCACCAGAAUAUACUGUUCAGGGCAGUAAAAUAUAUUUGAAAUUUGAUGAACCAAAAAUGUGAUUUCAGAUGACUAUUUUGUGACUCUUUCUUAAAAGGUCCCAUUUGUAGACUUCUAAAUAUAACACACAGCACAGGA